AUGCGAAGAAACACGCUGAGUGGCUUUCUCCCUCUGCUUAGGGUAAGGGCACGAAAAGCGACUGUUUCGCAACAACCCUCCUCGAUGAGCGUUUUCGCACAGUACUCGUCUCAGCAGCACCAGCAGUGCUCCUCUAUAGAGCGGGUGAGUUGUCGCCGUUUCCGCUUAGAGUCUCCACCUGAUACUUGGAGGCUAGGCGCUGCGCUGGCUCGCCUUGCACGGCCUGGCGAUGUGUUUCUGCUUCAGGGCAGCCUCGGAGCCGGAAAGACGACAUUGGCUCGGGGCUUUAUUCAAGAGUUUCUGAACGAUCCCGAACUUGAAGUUGUCUCACCUACGUAUCUUCUGGACGUGACCUAUCCGGACUACGAGAACAAGGCCAAAGUUCCUGGUGUAGUUCUUCAUCAUCUGGACUUGUAUAGGCUGGAGAACGCUGACGAUCGCCCAAUUGCGGACUUUGCCGAUAUAUUCACCCAUCAAAUAUGCUUGGUCGAAUGGCCAGAGCGCCUGGGAAAGUAUUCAACACCAGAAGAAUUCUUGCAGAUCCGCUUCUCCUUCGUAGCGGGCGCGGAUGGGCCUCGCGUUAUUGAAUCAUCUGGUUUUGCGAGUCACAAGCACCUGGAGAAUCCACGCUGGUCACAGGCACGCAUCGAUCAAAUACAAUGGCAAUGUUCAGCAGCUUAG